ACGCGAUCCUCGCUUCCUCACCGGUCCAGGUCCCCAGGCCCAAAUCCGCUAUCAACACACAUAAGACACUAUUACACCGGGGAUCCUUUACCUCUGACUAUGGAAUACAAUUCGCAGUGAAUGAAAGAAAAAAUUGACUUAACAGUUGUGUGCUUAAGCCCCAGAAUACGCUACAAGCGUUGGGGCUGUACCUCGGGCUGCCGGUCUUGCUGUCUUAAACCCUGGCGAGGGCUGUAUGGAUCAGGCUUCAGGGGAUAAUGUCGGCAGACGCCAGAGCACCGUGGACCUGUCGGGAUCAGGGCAGAGAACGGAUCAACCUAAAGUCACCGGCAGAUCGCACGCCAAGGGCGCCAACAAGAGUAGCCUCACCAGGAACGAGGCAGCAUCCACCAAUGGACUCCUGGCACCUAAUGAAGCCUUGGAUGAUCCCCAGCUCCGAACGGCAGAGAAGAAGCCCAGCAGGGGCCGGUCCAGCCCCAGACCCCUGCUCCGACGGCCCCUCAGCCUGGACAUGACGGCGCCGCCGCCCCAGCGCAUUCGAGGGUCCCUGGAGACGGCGACGGCUGACCGACGGGCCGUCCAGCCCCCCUGGCGCAGCGGGCCGGUCCCGCCGGCGCCCCCCACGCGGAGCCUCACCAGCCCCAGCCUGAACCCUGGCGGGUGGAUGCGGCGCAGCGAGAGCUCCUGCUCCGUCAACAAAUCCCUGGGACUCCGGGCUAGCACGGGACGCAUGCGGCCCGCCACCUCCCUGCCACACAUCCCCAAGGGGCCCCUGAGUGGCGGGGGCCCGCUGGCCUCGGGGCCCAGGCCCUGCCUGCUGGUGGCCCUCCGGCCCCUCAACCUGGAGCAGGAGAGGCAGGCCUUCUUCCAGGCGGACUAUAAGUACGAGCCUCAGUUUGAGUACUCCCAGCCCGAGCCAAGCAGCGUGCUGGAGAAAUACAAGGAAGGGUCCGGACUCUUUCUGCAGCAGGCAGUCGGAAUCAUGGAAUGUGUUCUCCGGAAGUUCGAGUCCUAUGAGAACUUUGAGGAGGUGACGGGUGGCAGCGUCCUACCCAAGAGUCGAGUGUGGGCGGCCGUGCGCAAAUAUCUGCAGAAGGAGCACUGCGUAGGAGAGGUGGUGGUGUGCCUGUCUGAGGAGCUCCUCUCUCAGGCCGUGAUGAUGGUGGAGAGAUGUCGACCCACGCUGACCAUCAACCUGGGAGGCGCGCGACAGCACUGGCUGGAGGGCAUGCUGAGGCACGAGAUAGGCACCCACUACCUGCGCGGGGUGAACAACAACCUGCAGCCGUGGAGCACGGCGGUGGGCAGGAAGCAGUUCGGCCUGAAGCCGGCCAACCCCACGGAGGAGGGCCUGGCCAGCCUGCACAGCGUGCUGCUGAGGAAGCAGCCCUACCUGUGGCGCGCGGCCCUGCUCUACUACACCGUGUACCACGCCGCCUCCAUGAGCUUCAGCCAGCUCUUCGGCCACAUCGCCCGCUUCGUCCAGGACCCGGCCGUGCGCUGGGAGUACUGCCUGCGUGCCAAGAGGGGACAGAUGGACACGUCGCAGCCAGGGUGUUUCAGCAAAGACCAGGUCUACCUGGACGGGAUCCUCAGGAUUCUUCGACACCGCCGGACCAUCGACUUCAAAAUGUUAACCUCCUUAGGCAAGGUGUCCUUCGAGGACGUGGACAGGCUGCGACCCUUGGCCGUGCUUCGUAGGACCAGGAUCCCACACUUCAUGCAGGACCCGGAACGAUACCUGCAGCACCUGGACAACAUCGUGGCCGCGAACGAGCUGGACGACGAGGAGCUGCAACAGCUCCUACCCUGAACGCCCUGCUACACACACAGACACCUUCAC